AAAAGAGAGAGACGGGGGGCUCAGACUGAGUCCUGAGGCGGAGAGACAGAGAGGCACAAUCGGAACCAUCACAGAAAACUUGGACAGCACUUAACGAGCAUAACGAGGCUAAUGAAGGUGACGGCUGUGUUGACCGUGCCUUCGUACCGUUGUUGGGUGAAAGAGCUUCCCGCCAGCGCGUUGCCCAAUUAGAGGAUCGGGCUUUUAGCGGUGUGCUGGUGUCACUGGAGCGUGGAGUGGGAGGCCAGGGUUCAGAAUAUUAAUAGACUGCAAUCACUCCAUCCAUCUGUUGCUGGGAAUAAAGAGUAACACACUCUCCUCCUCUUUUUGAUUGAGGGAGGGCAGCAGGAGGGCGUGUACCCGAGGAACGGAGAGAGAGAGAGUGAAGGGGAGAGUGCAUCAAACAGCUCACAUAUACUGCUCUUUGGAGAGAGGGAUUGAGGAGGGAGAUAAAAACAUUUACAGAGGUGUGAGAGAGAGAGACAGAGAAACACACUCAAGGUCUCUCUCCCCUCCCUUGAGCUUGUGUGUGUGUGAACGGGAACGUGUGUGUGUGUGUGUGUGUGAGAGAAAGAGAGGGCAGGUGUGAAGUUAAUGGGACAGUAGGUAAUGCAUUUCAUGCAGUGUCAGCGGGAUGGCAGUAGGAGGCGCUGUGCCCCUCCUCCUCCUCUCCUCCUCUCUCUACUCCUCCUAUCCCUCGCUCCGGGACCAGGCCAAGCGGUCAUUCACUUCCCUCCAAACUAUGAAAUGCCCGAGAUUCUCCAGCCCCCACUGAUCACUGCUCAGUCGGUGUCCACAGUGGCCUACGUUACGGAAGACAUCACUCUCACCUGCGAGGCCUCUGGCAUUCCAACACCGACGUUUCGCUGGGUAAAAGAUGGGACGGUGUUUGACCCCAGCAGCGACCCUCACCUGUCCCUAACGCCAGGUUCUGGAACGCUCACUGUGGCAUCUGGCUAUGCCUCUAUCAGCCGGUACCAGGGCAACUACAGCUGCUAUGCCUCAAAUGAACUUGGCACUGCCAUCUCUGACCAGAUUCAGCUAAUCACAGAAAGCAUCCCCGGUUUGCAGAAGGAGAAGCUCAUCAGGAAGAAGGUGUCAGAGGGGGAGAGCGUGGUCCUCACCUGCAACCCCCCCCACAGCACAGACUCCCCUCACAUCCACUGGAUGGAUAACAAGCUGAGGCACAUACAGCAGAGUGCCCGUGUGAUCCAGGGCCGGGAUGGAAACCUCUACUUCUCCAACGUGAUCCUGGAUGACAGUCGCAGUGACUACAGCUGCCACAUCCAGUACAUCACAGCCCGGACCAUUCUGCCCAAAGAUCCCAUCGUCCUCUAUGUCUCGUCGUCUAACACGGUGGCGUCUAACAGGAAGCCACACAUGGUCAGGCCCUCUGGCUCCCGGAGCUCUUAUUUGGCCCUCAGGGGCCACUCCUUUGAGCUGGAAUGCAUCCCACAGGGACUGCCCACUCCCGACAUUCAGUGGGUGAGGAAAGACGGGGAGCUGUCUGAGACCCGCACCUCCCAGGAGAGCUUCGGCAGGGUGCUGCACUUCAGCAACAUGUCUGAGGCAGACAGCGGGGAAUACCAGUGCCUGGCCAGAAACAGCCAGGGCAUUGCCACACACACGUACACCGUCAGUGUGGAGGCGGCUCCGUCCUGGACCAAGCGGCCGGAGAGCGACCUGUUCAUGCUGGGAGACACGGUGCAGCUGAUCUGCGAGGCUGAUGGCAUCCCCACCCCCACCAUCACCUGGAGAAUGAACGGGAACCCCCUGUCAGAUGUUGACCCAGACCCCAGGCGCAGUGUACAGGGCGGGGCACUGAUUCUGAAAGAUGCAAAAGCCAGUGACACUGCAGUGUUCCAGUGUGAAGCCUCCAACCAUCACGGCAGCAUCCUGGUCAAUGUCUACGCCUAUGUCCUCGAGUUUCCUCCACAGAUUCUGACAGACGACAGACAGACAUACAGAGUGACGGAAGGACAGACUGCUUCGCUGGACUGCAAAACAUUUGGCUCCCCCAGACCCACGGUGAAAUGGGACAGCGAGCGCUCCACCAUAAAGUCUGACCCCAGAGUGACUCAGCUCAAAACUGGAGCCCUGCAGAUCAAAGAUGUUUCCCACAAUGACUCUGACACCUUCACCUGCUCCGUCCCCGACACCACCCUCUCCAUCACCGCCUCGCUAGAAGUGCUGAACAGGACCGUGAUCGUGACCCCGCCCCAGGCGCUGCGUAUCCGGCGUGGGCAUGACGCUGUCUUGAGCUGCCACGCCCAGGUGGACUCCAAGCUGGACCCACCGCAGUUUCAAUGGAGAAUGGAAGGACAGAAGCUCUUCGCUUCCUCCUCUGAAGACAAGUACACAUUUAGAGAUCAUAACCUCAUAGUGAGUAAUGUCCAGUGGGAGGAUGCAGGCGAGUACACCUGUGAUGCCAUCACAACUCUGGACAAGGCGGUGGCCAAUGGCUCCAUUACUGUCAUCGACCGACCGGACCCCCCCUCGCUGCCAGACCUCCUGGAAAAGCACAACCGCAGUGUGAUACUGAGCUGGACCCCCGGAGAGGCCAACCACAGCCCCAUACUCGAGUUUGUGGUGGAGUUUGAGGAGCAGAAGUUUGGGGCAGGGAAGUGGGAGGAGGCGAUACGGGUCCCGGGGGAUGCAGACGAGGCUAAGGUCACUUUGCGGCCCUUUGGCACCUACCACUUCCAGGUCAUCGCUGUCAAUGACGUGGGGAAGAGCAACCCCAGCGAGAUCUCUGAUGUGCAUACCACUCCCCCUGCUGCUCCAGAGAGUAACCCUGAGGGAGUGCGAAGCGAGUCGACUGAACCGGAUGUGCUGGUGAUCACAUGGGAGGAAAUGGAGAAGAAGAACUUCUUUGGUCCUGACUUUCAUUACAAAGUGAUGUGGAGGUUGGCACGCAGCCAUCAGGACCCUCACUGGGAACACAAAAUGGCUACCGCACCUCCCGUCACUGUUCAUGAUGCUGGAGCCUUCACAGCCUAUGAGAUGAAAGUUCAGGCGGUCAAUCAAAAGGGGGAGGGACCGGAGCCCAGCCCUGUAAUUGGACACUCUGGAGAAGAUUUUCCUCUGGAGCCCCCUAUCGAUGUUGGGGUGAUGUUAUUAAACAGCACCGCUGUGGAAGUGAAGUGGGCCCCCAUAGAUCAGGAGUCAGUACGAGGUCAUCUCCACGGAUACAGGGUGCACCUGUAUAAAGACCGCGAGGAGAGGGGGCGCAGGGAGGAGCACGGCAGCGCGUUGGUGGUGCAGACGAGGGCCAACCAGGAGAACGCCGUGCUGGAGGGGCUACAGCCGUUCUCCCACUACAAAGUCACCGUCACCGUCUUCAACAGCGUUGGGGAGGGGCCGCACUCAGACCCGUUACCUUUCCGCACGCUGGAGGGAGUGCCCAGUGAGCCGACGUCUCUGCGGCUCGACAGUCCAUCGGAGACCGAGAUGACCCUGCACUGGACUCCCCCUGCCAAGGUCAACGGCAUUCUGAUUGGAUACCUGCUGGAGUACCAUGAGAUUGGAGAGGGCAGGGAUAAACAGCUGCACGAGGAGAGAAUAGAAAACCUGACCGCUUCUCACAUCAGUGUGGGGAACCUGGACCCCCACAGCCACUACCUCUUCUCCCUGCGUGGCCUCACCUCAGCUGGGAAAGGGGACGCCAUUGUCAAGGAAGGCGCCACCUUGCUGGAAGGAGUCCCUCCGACCAACAUCAACACGUCCGUCGGAGAGACAUCGGUCAACGUGAGCUGGGUGACCGGCGUGCGCUACAGAAACGUGAGGUUCCACAUCUUCCACCGGAAAAACGGCGAUGGAGAGUGGAUCGAGUCAGAGGAGCUCAACUCCGCUCAGUCAUUCUAUGAGCUGGAGGGCCUGGAUCCUGGCUCAGAGUACCUGCUUCAUUUCGUGUACGACAACAGAACCUUCUGGGAGAUGGACAUCACGACGAAGGGCCAGAAUAGGAACGGCGGGGUGUGGAGGAUGACGGGGGGCUUCGCCACUGAGAGCUGGUUCAUCGGGGUCAUCAGCGCCCUCGUGCUGCUGCUGCUGGUACUGCUCAUCCUCUGCUCUGUCAAACGGACCAAGGGCGGCAAGUACUCAGUGAAGGACAAGGAAGCGGGCCAGGUGGACUCUGAGGCUCGACCAAUGAAGGACGAGACGUUUGGAGAGUACAGGUCCUUGGAGAGUGACAAUGAGGAGAAGCAGACUGCCAGCCAGACCUCUCUGUGUGUGGCCAGUAAGGUGGGCAGCGAGGGGAACCUCAUGCAGUAUGCACACGGCGUGGGCGUGGACUCCCACAACGACGCGUCCUUCGCUGACCAAUACAGCGACCCGGGGGUGGGGCCUGGGCCAGAGUCCCAGGACAGCCUGGGGGCCAGCUCCCCCGUCACUUCUGUCACCGCAACCUCUGUCAGCCCUUGCCUCCCCAGCUCUGAAGUCCUGGCCUAAAUCAGACAGGGUCAGACCAGCAGUCGCCAGAAUCAGGACCGCCUCCAAAAGCACACAGACCCCCUCCGCAUGCCCCGCACGCUCACCGCCUCCCCGCAGACUACCCCCUCCACACCCCCCAACACACAUGCCCUGCUUGCGUACCAACUCAUUUAGAUGCCCCAACACUAAGAAAACCUCUCUCCACACACCCGUGCACAACGGACACAACUGCCCCUCCCCCAACACAUGGAUCGGAUGGUGAGACACGGUGCAGGAUUGACACACCGUCAAAGCAAUCCGCCAACCCGCCCUGUCCUCUGGCAGGAACAGGCUGGUGCACAGCAAGACUCAAACUGACUCGAAACAGGGACUGAUCAACACACUGACCCUGCUGCCUACUGACACUGAUCUGACCUCACACACACACACACACAGAAUGUGUGAGUCUGAUAAAGUAUCCUAUUAAUUGUUUACAGAUCUUGCCUGGCCUUGUUUGAGGUAGUUUACAGACGUAGGAGGGGGAUGACCCGUAGGCCAUUCUCUCUCCCACAUCACUGUAUCUUCCUCUCCAUGGUGUUUGAUGAAGGAGAAAGGAGAGUGACUUGUCUGCACACUGGGAGAGUAGACUGACAGGGAAGCAGAGAUACAGGGAAUAAUCACUAAGCCACAGCCAGCUACCGAGCGUAGAUAGACAGAGACCAGACCAAUGAGAUAAGGAGUGCAAAGACAGGUGAUGAAAACAAAAGAGACAACAAACAGGCACUGAGACCAUAGAUAUGGCAGAGAGCGAAGACACAGGAAGUUUGAGCAGUGAGGCAGGAAAUGCAGGAAAAAAGAGAAAUAACAGCAGAGAUAACAGAAACAAGAACAAAUCAACUGGUUACCCGGCAUAAAGGGGGAAGGAAUGAGGAAAAAGUGACAACAUUACAGGAAAGCAAAGAUAUAGGAAAUGAGAGAGUGAGUGACAGAGAGAGAAAGAGAGAGAAUGUGAGAGGGGGGGAUAUAAGUGGAAAGAGACAGGGACAUUAAUACAGUGUAACAGUGUAAACAUACAACACUGGGAAUGCACAAUUUUGUAUUACAUGUAUUCAUAUUUUAAAUGACAUGUUUUAAAGUGUCUUGAUCAUAACAGUCUGCCAGGGAGAUGGGUGUUAGUGUAUUUGCUAAUGUAACUUAAUUUUAUUAUAAGUUAUUUUUCCAUAUUAUGAUUUUGUAAUUUUAUAGUCAAUAUGAUAUUUUAUAUGUUUUGUUGGUUUUCCAGUGUGAUUUAUAGUUGUCAUCUUGACUGGAAUGAGGAAUCUGUAUUUUUCUUGCUUGUUCAGCUUCAUUUUAAUGUAUUUACAGUAAGGGUUUUGCUGUCAUCACCAUGCAGUUCUCUGUUGAAUUAUCUUUGAAUUAAACAGCAUAUCCACUGUAGACUGACAGAAUCCUCCAUCCUCCCAGUUAUGAUAAAGCACAACAGCAUGAUCUGUGCUGAUUGGCAGAUUUUGUAGAUCAUAAGAGAUUCCUGUGAAUUAAAAACAUCUGCAUGAAACUUCCUAUGUAUAUCAACCAUGUAGAAUACAUGCAUUUUAUGGCUAGGGAGUAAGUAAUAGUUUCUGUUCCAAAUAUCCUACACUCUGAAUUUCAGUGUGGUAUACAUAUACUGCGUGUGCACGCGCAUGCGUGUGUGUGUAUGCUUUAAUGUGUGUGUGAGUGUGUGUGUGAAAAUGUGUGUGUGUGUGUGAGUGAGAGAGAUAAAGUGAAAUAGAGAGAGGGAGAGAGAAGGAGAGAGUAAUAGAGAUGAAGUGUGAAAGAGAGAUCUAAAAUGUCUCUCUGAAUGUAAAAAGAAAUUGUGUCAUUCAUUGGAGACAUUGUUUGAAAUAAAAUGUGUGAUUUAUGUUUUAUUUCAAAACUGACAGGAUAUAAGGGAGGUUUUUUAAAGUCUGGUUCAGUGAUGACCGUAUGAAAUCCCUUAUUUUUCUUAUUGUUUCCAGUGAAUAUUCGUAGUGAGCUGAUGUUUUAGAAAAUUAGGACAUAGUUGAAAUAUUGAAAAGAAAAAAAACCCCUUUGUCCACCCACUGGUCUUUUAGUGAUAGUAACUGCAAUGUAAAUAUGAAAAAUAAAAUACACACUGUAUGAAACAUCAGUAGCUAUUGUCAUUUAGAAAUAUACAACAGAGAUUCAUCUCUUCACAUUGCUGAGGGCAGGAAGUACAGUAGCUGUCUGUUAAGUGCACUAAUGCACGCUCUCCAGCAGGGGGACUGCAGGCUCCCUUGCCCACAAAAAAACUGAGCAGUAACUAUGGAAAACGGACAGGUCACUUUCUGGGUUUUUAAAUAUUAUUUCAGUUUCAGUGGUGUUUGUUUUUGAUUGGCCCAGAUGCUUUUUAUGCAUAAUGAAUUAUAUUUCUACAUAUUUUGAAAAGUUUUUGACAUCCUACAAGUUUUAGAAUGGUAGGUACGGGGCACACAGAAAGUAAAAUAAAUUACAAGAAAAUACACUAGUAACUCCAAAGCAGCAAUGUUAUGCCUCCAGAGAUUGUAUGUAUAGUUAUUACCCAAUUACUCUUUAACAUGUUUAAUAUUGUUUGUUUACUUUUGUUAACAAUAAUCGCUGAUUUCUUUGGCUAACUUUACACUUAUCGAUUAUAGAUUGGCCUCCUAUGCCUUCUUGCACUUUUGUAUUCCUGAGAUUAAUACCAGCGAUCUCCACUUUUUUAAUUCAUCUGUUUAUAUGCACAGCCUCUGGAAAAGUAACACUGCUGUACAAGCAAACACUAAACAUACACCAAAACUGAAAUAAUUUUUAAAAACAUCUAGUAAAUUAACUAUCCCUUUAAACAACACACUGAUCUGAGUGUAAAAAUCACCAAAUUGUCUCAGCCUCUAUAUUUAUAAUGCUCACACAUUACUGCCACCCACAAGAUGGCACAUUUCAAGUUCUCAUUAAAGUAUACUGCAGCAUCCAUUCUUUCUCGUUAAGCUCCAUCUUGUUAAAUUUGAUUCUGUUUCCACUCAAAGUAAUGAAUCCUGAGAGAUUUGGAAAUGUCUAUAUCCAUGUUACUGCAGGGGGGAGAGGGGAGCUGGGCAGGACCCUGUUGGGGGUACAGACACAUACUGUGCUGCCCAGCUGACUCUGGGGCACAGGGGAGGGUAGUGGUGGUGCUAGGGGGGUAAGGAGGGAGGUGCCGUGUGGUAACUUCCUCCCUGUCUCCUUGUUCAUUUCUUUUUUAUAUACAACAGAAAGACCAAUAAAAAGCACGGUCAAAAUGUAUCAUAAUAAUGAUAAUGAUUAUGAUAACAACUUCUAUGAAACGGACACGGGGUGUAAUUACAGUGGUGAUGUGGUGGUCUGUGUGUGUGGAGGGGGGAGGGGGUGGUGGUGAAAUGCCUUGUAGGGUGAGUUAUAUUGUACCUGCUUUUUUGCAUAAGCCACUGUAAUGUAAUUAAACCAAUAAAACCCCUGAAAUAUGCACAAGCCA